AUGAGGUGCUCGCGGGGUGGCUUCAUCAGCAUCCCCGUGGUCGUUCUGAUUGUCUUGAUCUUCGCGAGCUCAUGCCUCGCAUCUUUGGGCGACCGACUUCCUGAUUUUCGCGAAUGUGUACAAGUCUGUAUAGAGGAGAAUUGUGAUUCGGGGCCAGCAAGCAUACCUCUUCAUCUCCGACUUCUGCUCUGGGAUUGUCCAUCCGAAUGCGACUAUACCUGCCAGCAUGUCAUCACCGAUCGACGAAAGGCACGCGACCCGCCCAUGAUUGAACCGGUGGUUCAGUUCCAUGGAAAGUGGCCAUUUUAUCGGUUCAUGGGCAUCCAGGAACCGUUCUCUGUUCUAUUUUCGUUGAUGAACUUCCUCGCUCAUCGAAAUGGCAUGCAAAGAAUUCGCGAAUCCAUUCCGGCUCGCUACACUCUUCGGCCAUAUUACUUGGCUUUUGGAUACUUUGGACUUGCCAGUUGGAUAUUCAGCAUGAUUUUUCAUACCCGAGACUUCAACAUCACCGAGAGAUUGGACUAUUUUGCUGCCGGCGCCAGUGUGCUAUAUGGACUCUAUUACUCUCCCAUCCGGGUGUUUCGACUGGAUCAGAGCGACCCGACAAAGCAGAGCAUUCUACGAGCGUGGACGGUCCUUUGUAUCCUGCUCUACGUGGCGCACGUCACCUAUCUGACGGCCUGGAGCUGGGACUAUACCUACAACAUGGCAGCCAAUGUCGUCGUUGGCGUCAUCCAAAAUCUCCUCUGGAGCUGGUUCAGCAUCACGCGAUACCGCAAGCUGCAGAAAACAUGGGCAGCAUGGCCUGGGUUGAUCGUGGCAUGGAUCGUCCUGGCCAUGAGUUUGGAGCUGUUUGACUUUCCGCCGAUGGCUGGAAUGAUAGAUGCACACAGUUUAUGGCAUCUUGGAACCGUGAUACCGACUAUCUGGUGGUAUAGCUUUCUCAUCAAAGAUGCUCAAGAGGACCUCUCCAGCCAGCGGCUCAAAGCAUGA